CCCUGGCCCUGCGUUUAACGCAGGGAGCUGAGGGACUCCUGGCAACUGACCACCACAUAUAUAUAGAGAGAGACUCACAGAGAAAGAGGAGGGGAGCAAGGAGGAGUAAUGGAAAGAAUGGAUACCUCCAAAAGCGAAGAACAAAGUCCACCAACUGAUCAGCCUCAGGUUCAGAGCAUCCAAACAAAUGGGGAUCAGGUCCUUCUCGUGAAGGACGAAACAGCUCAAGCCUUCUCUAAAAAAAGUAGAGAAAAGAGCAAGGUAGCGAAGAAGCGCAACCCAUAUCGCCUGGUCAGGGCUGCACUGCUUAUGCUCCACCGCAAAAAAUCCAAACCCAUCCAUCUCGAGGUGGUUCCUUCGAAAGGCCUAUGGAGGAGUAUCGUGGGUUCAAUGCGCCCUUUAAACCUGCCCGAACCAGCACCACCAGCACCGGCACUAACGAUAGGGAAUCUCCAGGAACAGCAGCCUUCGCCGCUGCCCAUGUCACUGCAUAGUGUAUCCUCACCUUCCUCCUCACCUUUCUCUUCGGCUUGCAGCUCCAUUGACAGCAUGAGCCGAUAUGCUUCUGCCCAGAGCCUCCAAGAGCUUCGUCGAAGAGAAGGGUACAACAAUGAUGACGAGGAGGAGGAAUUUCUUGAUGGUGGGGAUGAGAUGAUCGACGUCAAGGCUGAAGAGUUUAUCGCCAAGUUCUAUGAGCAGAUGAGGCUUCAACGAGAUGCGUGA